GACCCCUUCGAAACGAAUCAGUUGCAACCCUCUUCCCUCCCUCUCGGCCUCAACCCCGCGCGCGCAGCCCGCAACUGAAUUCUUCGGAUCUACCCUCUUGAGAUCAUCGGAGUCCAGCUUCCAAAUUCAGGGUUCGAGCAGCGUGACUGGUUCUUUCAUGUAGCAUCUGUGAGGUCGGAGCUGAUUUUGGAGUUGAGCACAGGGAAUCCUUGUACUUGUUCUGAACCUAGGGAUCGAAAUCUACGAGGGGGAGAGUGGUACUCUAGUUCCGGAUUCUCACCAUGGCUGCAGUAAACGUGACGAAUGUUUCUGUAUUGGAUAAUCCCAGCAUUUUUACGAAUCCCUUCCAGUUCGAAAUUUCGUACGAGUGCCUUCUUCCGCUCAGAGACGAUCUGGAGUGGAAGUUGAUUUAUGUUGGCUCUGCCGAGGACGAGAAGUACGACCAAGUGUUAGAGAGCGUGCUUGUUGGCCCCGUCAACGUGGGCCACUACAGAUUUGUCUUCCAGGCCGAUCCCCCGCAACUGUCCAGAAUCCCAGAAAAGGACAUUGUCGGUGUGACCGUGCUACUCUUGACUUGCUCAUACCAGGGGCAGGAGUUCAUAAGAGUGGGAUACUAUGUGAAUAACGACUACAUUGAGGAGUCGCUGCGUGAGGAACCUCCAGCCAGUGUCAUCAUUGACAAAGUGCAGCGGAACAUUCUAGCCGACAAACCUCGGGUUACGAAGUUUCCAAUUGUCUAUCAUUCUUCAGAGCCAGUAAUGGCUCCUGUGGAGCCUGAGCUAGUUCAUAGCGGAUGCAGUUCCCUGCCUUCCGCCAUGGAUGUUUCAAGUGGAUGCAUGCCUCUGCCUCCUACCACGAGCCCAAUGAUUAAUUGUGGCAUGAGGCCAUUGCAAGAAGUCUGCUGAGUCUCAUUUGAAGGUCAUUCGAAAGACACAUGUACAUUGACGAAGGUUAUACUCCUCAAACGGGGUUUUGUACACUCAAGUCAGCAUAGCCAACCGGACAUGGUUGCCUAGGACUGGGGAGGGUGGGGAUGUCUCUCUGUAGACUGGAGAAGUUCACCCCUUCAUCGUUGUGGUAAAUACUUCAGGACUUCGAUUUGCAGUGAGAUGAUCAUCCAUGAUAGGCAAGGGUAGUUAGAGAAUUUUAAAGCUUCGGACUCUGGAUCCGAAGCUUCAUUAAUGAAGCUGUGCCUCGUAGCUUUUGAUGUCUUAUUCAUCGACAUCGCUAGACGUUAUGAAUAGUGAUGCCGCGAUCUGAUUCAGGAGUAGGAUUUUGGGUCGUAAGGUCCAUAGAUGCUGGUUGGAAUAACCUGUAUGGUUGUCCCAGAACAAUUGAAUACAUUUGAAUGUUACUGCAACUCAAUGCUAUGUCCGUUUGGGUUGAUGCUAAAA